AUGGCUCCCACCAUCCUCAUCGUUCCCGGCUUCUGGGAAGGGACUCAGGUGUUCCAACCCCUCAUCUCCCUCCUGGAAUCGGCCUCCCUCAAGACGGCCAUUGCCCCCCUUCGUAGCACGGGUACCACCUCCCCCGGGAACCCCACCAUGGCGGACGAUAUUGCCGCCGUGCGCGCCGUGCUGGCCGCUCACGUCAGCGAGCAGAAUGAGGAGGUCAUCCUGGUCCUGCACUCGGCUGGGGGGUUCAUCGGCAGUGCCGCGCUCGAGGGCCUCAGCCGCACCGCGCGCCAGCAACAGGGUCUGGCGGGUGGGGUCGUCAAAAUCGUCUUCGUCAGCGGGGCAGUGUUCCCCGAGGGCUUUGAGCACCAGCCGCUGCCCUUUGCGGUGGUUCAGGACGGGGGCUCGUAUCCCGCCAACCCGGAGGUCUUGCUCUUCGACGACGUGGCCGAACCGGAGAAGGCAAAGUGGCUGGCCGAGUUACGCCCCCAGCCGGCCGAGGGUUGGGAUGGAGUGGUGUCCUACGCGGGCUGGAAGGAGGUUCCCAGUGUGUAUCUGGUGUGCGAGGGCGAUCGCGCGUUGCCGGUGCCCUUGCAGGAGCAGUUGGCCGGGUUGGCGGGCAGUCGGAUUGAGCGCUGCAGUGCCGGGCAUAUGCCCCAGGUCAGCCAGCCGGAGCGGGUGGCCGAGGUCAUUCUGGCGGAAAUUUAA